CAAAACAUUAGCUAAAUAAAGUAGAACUAAGACUGUGUAUCAAAGUUGUUUCUCACACUGUUUCUCACAGAACAAGGACCUGAAGAGCAGAAUAGCCCAUCUGGAGGGCUCCCAGAAGUCUAACAAGGAGGGCCUGGUGAGCCAGCUGGAGAGCCGGAUCCAGGAGCUGGAGGAGAGGCUGGAGGGAGAGGAGAGGGACCGUGCCAACCUGCAGCUGGUGAACCGGAGGCUGGAGAGGAAGGUGAAGGAGAUGAUGAUGCAAGUUGAUGAAGAGCACCACUCACUGCAGGAUCAGAAGGACCAGCUGAACCUGCGUCUGAAGGCCCUGAAGAGGCAGAUGGACGAGGCGGAGGAGGAGAUUGACCGGCUGGAACACGGCAAGAAGAAGCUGCAGAGAGACCUGGACGAACAGCAGGAGGCCAACGAGCAGCUCCAGAGCCAGCUCAAAUCCCUGCGCAGCGAGAUGAGGCGUAAGACCAACUCUGCUCCUCUGGACGACGAUGAUGAUGAGGACGACAUCAGCACAGAUGGAGAGACCUAUUUCCGCUCUUCAUCUGGCUAUAAACGCUCCUGUAGCCAAGACAACAUCAUAUCAACAUUCUCUUUGUGAACCAACACAAUGAAGAUAACGUUAGUAAAACUACAGAAGGACCAACUGGACAGACUCCUAUUCAGAGAGACCACUUUCAGGUCAAUAUGUGCUUUUGGGAAACUGGCCAAAUAGCAUAGUGAUGUGUGUUUGCUCUUCCUUUCCCAGUACAUAGAUUGACAGGGAAUGAUUAGAUAAUAGUUAUUGAUUAAUUACAUUGUCUGUAAAUUAUUGAUUAUAAUUGAGCAAUAGUUGAAUUAUCAGAACAAUUUCUAAGUUCUUAGUUAAUCAUUGCACGUGUCUUCUUACAUCUUGUGAAUGAUCCAGCAAUGAGAUGUAAAAUUAAUCAAAUUAUUCACCUUGUAAUGCACUGUAAAGGACAGCAUUCUGUAACCUCUUAUGCCUUAUUGAAAUGUAUCAAUUUAUUAAUCCCUCACUAGAUUUUAUAUCCUUAAUCAAAUAUGUUAAGCCGCUUAUCAUGUCUGAUAGCAACAAAUGUAAUUUGAAACAUUCAUUUUUGUAUUGUGCAUUAGAAUAUCAAUUCAAUUUUGUAUUGACGUUAUGCAGUGUGUAAGGCCUUAAAUUGAUUUGAGUGAAAUAUUUGCUAUUUAUUUACUGUUGAAUAUAUGAAGAAAUGGCUGAAUGAAGGGCGAUAUGUUUUUAGGGAAAUUUGUAUGAGGGAUUCUUCUUCAUACAGAUGCUUUUUUGUAUCUCUCUUUUUUUAAACCUGAAUAAGGAAUAAUAAUCCAUCCAUAAUGAUAGGCUGGUCUACAGAAAACAUCUCUGUUUUAUCACUUCUGUUUUCAGGCUUAUGACAGUAUUCAACCCUGCUUUUAUUAAAAUAAGAUACAGCAGAGCUUUUAUAAAUACUGGUUCUCAAAUCAAGGUUCUACUGUGUAUUUUAGU